UUUCAAAGAUAGCACUUAACUCUCAAGUCUCAACUUGAAUAAGUGCACUAAACAUGGCCGCCCCCAUCAGGCUCCUCGCUCGUUUCGCAGCUCCUCACUGGAACUGCAUUAGGACAAAUUACACUUCAACUAGACCGAACCUUAUGAUAAAUGGCAACACGAAAGUGAUAUGCCAGGGAUUCACCGGAAAGCAGGGUACUUUCCACAGUCAGCAGGCGAUCGAGUAUGGAACAAACAUGGUCGGAGGUGUUUCGCCAGGAAAGGGCGGCAAAUCGCAUUUAAACUUGCCAGUGUUCAACUCCGUUCAGGAGGCCAAACAAUCGACUGGAGCUGAAGCGACUGUGAUCUACGUUCCUCCACCUGGUGCCGCUAAAGCUAUCGAAGAGGCGAUCGAUGCCGAAAUCCCCCUGAUCGUCUGCAUCACGGAAGGUAUUCCGCAACAAGACAUGGUUAGGGUCAAGCAUAAGCUCGUCAGACAGGGAAAGAGCCGACUCAUCGGCCCCAACUGCCCUGGAAUCAUUGCUCCAGAAAAGUGCAAAAUUGGAAUCAUGCCUGGACACAUCCACCAGCGAGGCUGCAUUGGUAUCGUCUCUCGCUCUGGCACCCUGACAUACGAAGCAGUUCACCAGACCACUCAGGUUGGCCUUGGUCAAACCCUCUGUGUCGGAAUCGGCGGAGAUCCGUUCAAUGGAACUGACUUCAUUGACUGCCUGGAAGUGUUCCUUGCUGACCCUGAAACCAAGGGCAUCGUCCUCAUUGGAGAAAUUGGAGGUGUUGCCGAAGAAAGUGCUGCUGAAUAUCUGAUGAAGAACAACUCCGGACCGAACGCAAAGCCUGUUGUGUCCUUUAUCGCUGGCUUGACUGCCCCUCCUGGCCGCAGGAUGGGACACGCUGGUGCUAUUAUUUCUGGAGGAAAAGGUGGUGCCCAAGACAAAAUCGAUGCGCUUGAGAAGGCUGGCGUGCUGGUUACAAAGAGUCCUGCCCAAAUGGGAAAUGUCCUCUUAAAAGAAAUGAAGAGGAAAGGAAUUUACUAAUAGAUAAGCCAUUAACCUUUACCCCUAACUGUUUACCAGCAACCUCUCCAUUCUAUUGCUUAUCCAUCUUUUGAAAUAUUUUUAACAUGCUGGAGAUGAAUCAACACGCAGGUUUUGCUUCAGUUUGAGGAGAAUUUCGAUUUAAUUUUAAAUCAUUCUCCGAAACUUUUAAGCCAUUCUCUGCUGCGAACAAACCUAUUUGCGAUUUUACAAAAAGCAACAAAAGCAAAAGAGAAGCACAUUCAUCCAAAGAUAGACGUAGAAAAUUGAUCACCCUAUCCCAUCUAAAUUUGUGACGCGGAGAUCCCUCCCGGUUUUUGUCGUUGUGCCCAAAAUUUGACACAAAAGGAAUGGCGUUUAAAAAGACUUUGUUACGAUACUAUACAUUGAAGAUAAUUCUGCGAAUAAAACAAGCAGAGUACGUUGUUGAUGUAAACA